AGUUCUUCGUCUCCUCUCAGACCAUCCACCUUGUCGGUUCCUCAUGAAAGACGGGGAGUGUAACUUCUUCUGCUUCUUCCGUUGCUGCUGAGUGGUGUCGGGCUAGUCUGUGGAACAGUGUCCUCUGGGAGCUGUAGUUCCCCCGGUGGCGCUGACGGACGGAGAGCUGUCAGUCAGUCCCAGAGAGAGAGAGAGGGAGAGAGAGAGGCUCUGCCGGGGAAUGUCUGUGGACAUGAACAGCCAGGCCUCUGACAGCAAUGAGGAUGACUUUGGGGUCAACUCGGAGGAGGAGGAGGAUGAUGACGGGGGUGACGAUGAGGACCAGGGGGACAUAGCGGACUACUACGACGGCGUGGCCGGAGACAUGGAGCAGCAGGGGGCCGACUCGUUCGACCCAGAGGAGUACCAGUUCACCUGCCUCACCUACAGGGAGAGCCAGAAGGUGCUCUGCGAGGAGGUCAACAGUUUCGCCGCCAUCCUGAAGGUUGGUGUUGUGCUAGUCUGUGGGGUAGUUGAGGUAGAUGUUACCAUUAACCACAGAUCUAGGAUCAGAUUACCAUUCCCUCAAUCAUAACUGUAAUGAUUAGGGGUGUGAAAAUAUCUGACCCUAGGUUAGAGGACAUGCAUGAUUCAUUCGCAUCAGAACGGGUGUGCUUUAACCCAAAUUAAAUGGGGAACUGAAAUAUCAGACCAAAUCAGUGGCAGGGUCACAUGAUAUCUAGGUAUGAGGUCCUUAUCGUUCCUGUCUCAGUAAUGAUCAGUUUGAAGAAGUAUGUCAAUGAAGGUAGUUGAAGAUAAGGGUGUGCUCACUGCUGGGAACAGCUGUAUUGACACGCUCGCUUCUCCUGAUGCUUAUGCUCCUCUCUUUGGACAGAUUUUACCUGCUGUAGCCAAACUGAUCCUUGUGCAUUUUCACUGGCAAGUGUCACAAAUACUGGACAGGUAAACACACACAUGCAUUGGCAUACUCACUCACUUGUGUUUUCAUACACAUGCAUUGCAAAUAUUCUGAUAUACUGGUACUCAUUUUAUUUUGCCUUUCAGAUACAAGUCCAACUCAUCACAGUUGCUGUCUGAGGCCCAGGUCCAGCCCAGCAGCACCUGCAGAUCAGUUCCUGUAAGAAUUAAGAGUGCUCUUUUGUCUGGUGUGUGUGUGUGUGUGUAAUGUAUUUGGGUAAAGUUAAAGGUGGUAUCAGGAAAGGCAAGGAGACUCAAUGUUCCAGUUGUGUAGGUGGUCUGAACUGCUCCGCGGGCCACCAACUAAAGGGUUACUGACCAGAUAUGGCCCUUGGGCCACCAUUUGAGUAUCACUGGUGUGUAAUAUUGGUGUUUAUAAACUGGGUGGUUUGAGCCCUGAAUCCUGAUUGGCUGAAAGCCGUGGUAUAUUAGACCGUAUACCACAGGUAUGAAAAAACAUUUAUUUUACUGCUCUAAUUACGUUGGUAACCAGUUUAUAGAGAUCCUGGUUCCAAUCCAGGCUCUGUCGUAGCCGGCCGCGACCGGGAGACCCAUUGGGCGGCGCACAAUUGGCCCAGCGUCGUCCAGGGUAGGGGAGGGAAUGGCCGGCAGGGAUGUAGCUCAGUUGGUAGAGCAUGGCGUUUGCAACGCCAGGGUUGUGGGUUCGAUUCCCACGGGGGCCCAGUAUAAAAACAAUAAAAAAUGUAUGCACGCACUAACUGUAAGUCGCUCUGGAUAAGAGCCAAUAUACCACAGCUAUGGGCUGUAUCCAGGCCUAAGAACAGCCCUUAGCCGUGGCCAUAUACCACACCUCUGGCCUUGUUGCUUAAGUAUAAUGUGUGUAGUCCCGUGUAGCUCAGUUGGUAGAGCAUGGCGUUUGCAACGCCAGGGUUGUGGGUUCGUUUCCCAUGGGGGACCAGUAUGAUGAAAAAAAUUGGGGGAAAAUGUAUGCACUCACUAACUGUAAGUCGCUCUGGGUAAGAGUGUCUGCUAAAUGACUAAAAUGUAAUGUUUUGUGGGUCUCCAGACACCUCAGUCCCUCCAGUGUGGGGUGUGUCUGCAGCUGGUUCGGAGGGACGCCCUGCUCGCGCUGCCCUGCCAACACUCCUUCUGCAAAGCAUGCUGGGAGCAGCAUUGCACUGUACUCGUCAAAGAUGGGAUGGGAGUGGGUAAGCAGCACUGCUAGGGCUGAUACAACCUAUCAAAGUGUUUAGAAGUCAGGAGCUGGCUGUUCCUUUGAAGAUAGUGACAUGAUAGGCUUUGAAGAUGACCCCUGGUGGGAUAUUUAUUUACCAGUAUUUGAUAGCCUUUAUGUGCAGUCAGAUUCAGAUGUCUUUGUACCUUAGAUGUUUUGGUAUUCCAUUUGUCUUGUUUAAAAAACAAAACAUGCAUGUGUUUCUCCAGAUCUUGUUUUUUUAAUGCUCUGGGUGUAUGCAUCAUCUUCAAAUCUUAUGUGUUUGUGCGUGCAGGUAUCUCCUGUAUGGCUCAGGAUUGUUCCCUCCAAAUUCCCGAGGACUUUGUUCUCCCGCUACUGCCUGGUGAAGAGCUGAAGGACAAAUAUAGACGCUACCUCUUCAGGGACUAUGUGGAGGUAUGAGUCUUUGCCUGUCCUUCUGGUGGUCUGUCUGGCAGCUUGUUGGUGCUUCUCUCUCUGUCUGUCUGCCCUCUUUCUAUUGGUCUCUCCCAGUUUCCCUUUGUCUCUCCCUGCACCUUUUGUUAUUGGACAGCAAACAGUGAAAAAUCACACUGUCAGCAUACACUGUUAAUCAUUAUUUUUUUACAAUCAACCUCUUAAUAUCUGUCAUUCAGCUAAUGUGUUCAUGUUUAUCAGGUGCUCUAAAGCUACUGAACAUGUCAGUAAGGCCCAGUCUCUAGAACUGCCGGUAAGGCCCAGUGGGUCUCUAGAACUGCCGGUAAGGCCCAGUGGGUCUCUAGAACUGCCGGUAAGGUCCAGUGGGUCUCUAGAACUGCCGGUAAGGCCCAGUGGGUCUCUAGAACUGCCGGUAAGGCCCAGUCUCUCUCCUUCCUUCAGAGCCACUUCCAGCUGCAGCUGUGUCCAGGGGCAGACUGCCCCAUCGUCAUCCAAGUGCAGGAGCCACGGGCCCGCAGAGUACAGUGCAUCCGCUGCAAUGAGGUCUUCUGGUGAGACACGCACAGAUGCCCGCACAUACAGCUCUUACACACAGAUUAAUGCACAAGGUGUCAAAUGAAUGUGCAUCAUGUCAGAUGAACAUAUGCACCAGUCAUGAUCAUAUCAUUGACUCCCUGCGGAUGCCCUUUUUAAUGUUUCUCUCUACCCCCGCCCUCAGUUUCAAAUGCCGGAUCAUGUACCACGCCCCAACAGACUGCCCAACCAUCCGAAGGUGGCUAACCAAAUGUGCAGACGAUUCAGAGACCGCCAACUACAUCAGUGCACACACUAAAGAUGUAAGACUGCGCACACACACACACAAUUUAAAGUAUUUGUGAUUUUACAAUAUUUUCCUUUGCUUUUGUCCAUAAUGUUUAAUAGUAUGUAUUUUUCAGUGUCCUAAGUGUAAUAUCUGCAUUGAGAAGAAUGGAGGCUGCAAUCACAUGGUGAGUGGGAAUGGAAUCCAGCAUUAUCUCAAGGUUAUGCCAACUAUGGGCACAUUGACAUUUGUAUUAGUGUUCUCUAAAUCUCUGGCACUUUUAAAGGAAAUUCAAACUAUACAUGUUCUUUAUAUUGUCUCUAUUUAAUCAGGCUCUAAAUGAAUCAGACAGCUAGCUAGACAACUGCAGGACAACCUCUAUCUUAUGACAUCAGAAUUAUUCAAAUACAAUUUGCCCAACUAGAAUUCCCCUUAAGAGAGAGACUGCCUACUGCUUUCUUGCUGAGCUAUAAGCUGAAGAUUUCAGUAAUGCUUUAGCUCCUGUCUUUAUUCAGACCAGGCACUUUGGUGAAAUACUAAUUGAUUCUGAAGUCAUUGAAUGAUAUUAUAUGUAAUGUUAGUGGUAAUUCAGAGCUGCUAUAUAACUGACGUUGCGUUUCCUCUGUCUGUUUCAGCAAUGCUCCAAGUGCAAACACGGUAUGUAUCCAAUUAUACUGCUACUUACAGCUUUACAUGAUUAUCAUUUUUUGUCAGUUCAACUGACUCCAGCCAUAUGUAACCCAUUUUGACAAUGAUAUCAUAUUGUUUUUCCGCUAAUGGCAGCAUCACUGUGUGUGCGUGUGUGUAGACUUCUGCUGGAUGUGUCUGGGGGACUGGAAAACCCAUGGCAGUGAGUACUAUGAGUGCAGUCGCUACAAGGAGAACCCAGACAUCGUCAACCAGAGCCAGCAGGCACAGGCCAGAGAGGCCCUUAAGAAAUACCUCUUCUACUUUGAAAGGGUGAGAUGUAUUCAAACACUGCGUACACACAAACAUGCUACUAUCUGACAGGAACAUAUGCCAGUCAAACUUCUGCUCACACUAUGAGUAUUAUGUGGAAUUAAGUUAACCUUUCUGAAGUAUCAAGCUGUGUAAUGUAAAUAAUGACAUGAACUACAUCAAAUAACUGCGUUGCCAGAGUAACCGUGUCAAUCAGGUGACCUGUGGUUUGUUUAGUACUUGGCUGUAAUGUCAGCCAGAGCCAUAUAUUUAGAAUAAAAUAAGAAAAUAUUAUACUAAUAUAUACUGUGCACUUUCAAGGAUAGUAUAUACAUGCAUGUUCCUCAGUCACAUACUUACACAGAAGUAGUCUUCACAUUAUCUCUUGUACUUUUAGAUUACGGAAACUCAAUCUCCCAUACAUGUUCAAUAACAAAUCUGUGAAUGUUACAAGCAACGACACCAUGUCGAAUUAACACUGAGAUCCCUCUCAGAAUCACCCAGAACAUGUCUGUCAUGUUUUCUUACUGUUUCUCCAGUCCAGACUGUGACCGUGUGUUUGUGUCUCUUUAGUGGGAGAACCACAAUAAGAGUCUGCAGCUGGAGGCUCAGACCUACCAGCGGAUCCAGGAGAAGAUCCAGGAGCGGGUGAUGAACAACCUGGGCACCUGGAUAGACUGGCAGUACAUGCAGAAUGCUGCCAAGCUGCUGGCCAAGGUACUACUGCCCCUGCCUGCCUCAGUCACACACAAAAAACACACAUUAACAAGGGAAUGUAUAGGGCUUUUCACACUACAAAUUAGUAUGUAUCCGAGCCAGCAGUUUGGUUCAGGUUGGUAUAAUGGUGUGAAAGUAGUAUCUGUGUACUUAUUUGACCUACUACGCUGUGCUUAAACCAAUAGCAAGUCAUGCUUAUCUCUUAUGUUUGUCCCACAGUGUCGCUACACACUGCAGUAUACUUACCCCUACGCCUACUACAUGGAGUCUGGUCCUCGCAAAAAACUGGUGAGAAUUGUGUCUGUGUGCCUGUCUUGUUCUGUGUGUCUGUAGUAUAAGCUAACAAAGUCUUAAUAUAUAGGCUAUAUUAAAUAUAUCUAGUCAAAUGCUAAUGAUCUAUAUUAUAAUACCGUAAGCCACUUAACUGCGGGGGGAUCUCCCCUUACAAUUUAGCGCUGAUUUAUAAGGGGAAGAAAGCACGUCGUCCUGUUACAUGCCACUGGCCACUUUAUAUUCCACUGUGUUUUGUAUUUUUGUUUAUUUUCCCGGUUUUUGUGUUUUCAGAAUGUUCGUUGCUGUGGGAGAUCGUGCUGUCACAAUGCAUAUGAUGUAGGCAAUUGUAGGCCAAUUUGGAAACUGUAGAAUGACUACAUUACCCAUAAUACUCUGACUGAACAUUCCAAAUUACCAUGGCAAUUAUGCUGCGUUCAGUUGCUAGUCGGAAAUAAGAAACUCAGAAAUUUGACUUGGAAACUAGUUGUAGAAGCAAACUGUUUCCCACUUGAAAGUACCAAAAUCAACCAAUAGGACGCUCUAUGCAAAUAACUUACAUUCAUUUGAACUCGGAGGUUCUGAGUUUCCGAUAGCACGUGAAUGCAGCAUUAUGCAUCACAAUAGUGAACCAAGGCAGUUAUUCAUCACAAUAGAACUUAUAUUUCUAUUGUGUAGGGCAGGCCAGUAACCUUUGCAACCAAAUUAUUUUACUGUGCCCGGCCGCAUAGACAUUUUAUGGUCACACAAGGUGCCACCUGGGGAUUCAAAAUAAGUAGCCUAAUUAUUUACAUGGACACAAUUGCUUUAAAAAAAUUAAUAGGAGAGGGGAAUUCCACUCUCACAUUUUUCAAGCUUUUAUUUAGACAGAUUAUAAAUUACAAGGGGAUACAGAGGUAAAUAUGGGAGAAGGUGGAGAGGGUCAACUUGGAGAUUGAACCCCAGUCUCUGGCGGGGAGUCACAUAUGUGUUGAGAGCUGGGAGAGUUACCACUCAGCCACGGCUCUGUACGACCACUUACAUUUGUAACCAAAUAAUUUUUCAGCAUUGCACACACAGGAUGACAUUUAGUAGUGUGCAAAAUAACCAUAACAUUUUAAAAUAAACGUGAAGUUGCGAAUAGCUUAUUAGCAGCAUGAAUUUGUGCUUUGCGGGGGGGGGGGGGGGGGGUUAUUGAGUGAACGAUAAUGUGAUGGUUGCAGUCCACAAAGAUGAAAUUGCAUUGAAUCGAAUUGAUCAGAUCCAUAAAUUUACAAGCAGGGUGCUGCUAGUUGCUGAUGAUGAUAUGUCAUAAGUAACAAACAUGCUGUCUGUAAUGAUUGUGUUUUUCUGUCCUAUUCAGUUUGAGUACCAGCAGGCCCAGCUGGAGGCAGAGAUUGAGAACCUGUCCUGGAAGGUGGAGCGAGCAGACAGCUACGAGAGAGGGAGUGAGGGGGAGCUGAGCGCCAAUGACAGAGGGGUAAGGAAGAGGUCAAAGAAAGAUGGGGGUUUGGGAGGUGGGUGGGGAUAUGGAUAUUAAGGUUUCCAGAUUGGGACUUGCAUUGGCUGGGAGCACAGGGGAGUUGAGGGGUAUUGGCAUGUCUUGGGAAAUCGGAAGGACCCAAAUAAUGUUGCAUCGUAUUAGUUUAUUAGACCAUUGUGUGAAGUAUUUAACUCAUUAGUCAUUCAUGACACACUGUUUCUCUCAGGAUCUGGAGAAUCAGAUGCACAUUGCUGAGCAGAGGAGACGCACGCUGCUGAAGGAUUUUCAUGACACCUGAAGUCUCCAUCCUACUGCAAAGCACCAGCAGCUCCCUCCUUCACCUUCCAUCCCUUUGUCCACAGAUCCCUCACUCAUCCCUUCCUCCAUACCUCCCUCAUUAAGUGCUCUAUUUGUCUGCUACAGGGUCUCAGAAUGGCACGAUUGUACCCCCCCCCCAUUUAGAUCUGUUGUCAACAAUGCCACAUUCAUACACACUACACCUUGAAAUGAGAAAGCAUGCUCAUGCUCGCGCACACAUGUACACACAAACAUGCUCAAACACUCCUCAAAAUAAAACAUG